AUGUCCAUCUACGACGACAGCCCCGAGGCCCACGCGCGCCACCGCCGCAAGAUGCGCGACGUGCAGAAGUGGACGCUCGAGCACACGCCGUACGAGGUCGGCGACCCGUUCUCGCCGGCGACACAGGUAGGCCCAUUGCCUGCGACGCAUGUUGGCCCAUUGCCCACGACAGAUGCGAACAAUGUUGCCGUGGAUAGGAAUAGCUACUGGCCGCCGACUAUUUCUGAGGCGGGGGCGGACGUGUCUACCUCUCGCGCGGGUGGCGGAGGGGCGCGCAGGCCCGCGCCUCAGCGCGUGCACACCGCACCGCAGGUGGCGGGAGGGAUUCAGGUGGCGGGAGGGAGUCGCGUACCGCCUAUGCCAGUCCCUCCUAUGCCAGUACCGCCCGCGCCAACGGCGGUCCCGCCUCCGCCUCUGCUCCGCGUGCAGACCGCGCCUGUGUAUCCGGUAGCGGGGAUGGAGACGUAUGGGCCGGCGGUGCGUAGACCAGCGACGACUGGUCAGCCGCCGACGACUGGUUAUCCUCCGAUGACUGGCUACCCACCGAUGACUGGCUACCCACCGACGACUGGCUACCCGCCAAUGGUCUCUCAACCACCCAUUCCACGCACCCGCAAGCCCUCCAAGUCGACGCGCCCCGGUACGCCUAUCCCCGGCGGGCCCACGAUCAGCGGCCCCGGUGGGCCUACGCUCAGCGGCCCCGGUGGGCCUACGAUCAGCGGCCCCGGUGGGCCUACGCUCAGCGGCCCCGGUGGGCCCACGAUCACGGUCACCGCGCCGACGCCUCCCGCAAAGCUCACGACGCCUCCCGCGAAGCUCAGGAAGAAGACCUCGCUGGCGGCGCUGUUCAAGAGCUCGCGCACGAAUCUUGCUACGCAGUCGACGCCGCAGCUGGUCGGGGCGUCUGAGGCGCAGCUGGUCGGGGCGUCUGGGGCGCAGCUGGUCGGGGCGUCUGGGGCGCAGCUGGUUGGGGCGUCUGGGGCGCAGCUGGUCGGGGCGUCCAAGGCGAAUGUGGUGGAUAUUUCGCGCUCGUGGUACAAGACAUCCAACGCGUCCACGACCCAGCUGGACCCCUCGCGUUCGUGGUACAAGCGCGCGCCAGAGGACACGGUCAAGCGCGCGCCUGUGGACACGGUCAAGCGCGCGCCGGCGGAUGCGCCAAAGGUCGUCUACGAUUCACGCAAGGCGAAGGUCGGGACGGACCACCCGCUCAAGUCUUCUAUGGACCACCCGGUCAAGUCUUCUAUGGACCAACCGGUCAAGUCUUCUAUGGACCACCCGCCGAGGUCUCCUACUAACACCAAGAAACCAGUGAAGAAGCUCGUCAAGGACAUAUUCAAUAUCGGUGGGAAGCCGGGCGAGCGCAGUGGAAGCAGGGCUCGCGAGCGCGCGCAGACCCUGCAGUCGGCGUCGAGCGAUCAGCAAGCACAGCCGGGCCUCCAGCCGCAGUCGACGUCGGGCCUCCAGCCGCAGUCGACGUCGGGCCUCCAACCGCAGCUCGUGGUCCUGCCGCCGCUGGUGUCGGCUUUCCAACAGGAUCCUGUGCCGACCUUUCAGCACGAUGCUGUGCCGCUACCGUCGCAUAUCAAGGUCUUCCCGUCCCUGGAAAACGUCACGACUGUGGCUAUCGACGCAGACAGUGGCUCUCAUGACCGGCGCCAUCUGUCGCGCUCUCGUGAGCGUCGUCACCGCGAGCGGUCGCGCGAGAGGCAUCGGGAGCGCGGAGAUGGACAUCAUAGUCACCGCUCGCCGACGCGGGAUCGGCAUCGCGAGGACCGCGAGGACCGCGGUCACCACAAGUCGUCGAGGCAUCACGAGUCUUCUCGCCACCAUGGAUCUUCUCGCGAUGAGCACAAGUCUCGCCGCCGCGAUUUGUCUCGCGAUGACCACAAGUCGUCCCGAGAUGCUCAUGGCUCGAGCGACCGCCAUGGCUCCCAUGAUGGGCAUCGCUCUGACCGUCAUAGGCACAACCGGGAUGGGUCCAAGCAUCGCCAUGCCCGGGAGGACAAGCUGCGCGAGCGCGAGCACAGGGCCCGCCACCACUAG